CCGGGGACCUCGAGCUUCUGCAGCGCCUGGUCGCUCGCGGAAGAGCGUUUGCAAGCGGCAGCCGCGCGCUCUGCCUGCGCUCCACCGAGAGGCCCCGCGACCGACGCGGCUGGCCGAGCCAGGAGGCGGCGAUCCCGGCUGGGCCGGGACUUCCUUCCUCCGGGGAGGGACAACAGAACCCCCCCGCAGCCCGCACCGAGCUCCAGGCAGCCUGCAGAGCUAGCGCGCAGCGAUGGGCUCCCUGCUGAGCAGCGACAGCUCCAAGUCCGCGCCCGCCUCCGCCUCCCCGCGGCCCCUGGAGCGCAGCGGGGACCCGGAGCUUCCCAUCACCUCCUUCGACUGCUCGGUGUGCCUGGAGGUGCUACAUCAGCCGGUUCGGACCCGCUGUGGCCACGUGUUCUGCCGAUCCUGUAUUGCGACCAGUAUAAAGAAUAAUAAAUGGACAUGUCCAUACUGCCGGGCAUACCUUCCUUCAGAGGGAGUUCCAGCAACUGACAUAGCCAAAAGAAUGAAAUCAGAAUACCAGAACUGUACUGAGUGUGGAACUCUGGUUUGCCUCAGUGACAUGAGGACGCACAUAAGGACUUGUGAGAAGUACAUUGAUAAAUAUGGGCCACUGCAAGAACUUGGCGAGACAACAACAAGAUGUGUAUGUCCAUUUUGUCAGAGGGAACUGGAUGAAGACUGCUUGCUGGAUCAUUGUAUUACCUACCACAGAUCAGAAAGGAGGCCUGUGUUCUGCCCACUUUGCCAUUUACUACCUAAUGAGAGCCCAAGCACCUUCAAUGGCAGUCUAAUUAGACACUUGCAAGUCAGCCACACUUUGUUCUAUGAUGAUUUCUUAGACUUUGAUAUAAUCGAGGAAGCCCUUAUCCGAAGAGUGUUAGACCGCUCACUUCUUGAAUAUGUGAACCACUCAAACACCACAUAAUUUUAUAAAUAGCAAGGGACCAUUCACUUAUACCAUUUAAGAUGCUGCUUGAAGGACUGGAGGGAAAUUGCCAAUGUUUGAUGGAGAAAACUGUACUACAGUGUUACACACUUGUCUUUGCUAUGUUGCAUUCAAAAACUGCUUUCAUUCCGGUUUAGAACUGCCUUUACAUUCUUGAGUUUGGUAGACAUGUAACCACAGGCAAUAGUCUCCAUAAGCUAUUAACAGAUGGAAGAGACAGAGGCUGAGUAUGUGGUGGAGGAGCUCCAUGUGCACAUUGGUGAUGCUGUGCAUAAUGCUACAUGUUCAUGACUAUCAUCAUGGUUAGGCAAGAUAACCAAUCUCUGUUCUGCACAAAAAGAUGGAGAAAGGAACAAAAUAUGGACAUUAAAGGAAAUCUGAAAUUUAUUCAAAUCUUCAUGCUCUAAUCUCCAAUAAAGGAAUGUAAAUAACCUCAUGUGAAAGGAGGAAAGGAAAGAACUUGAAAUCAACAAAAUCCAUUUUAACCAAAUUACAGUACCUAAUACUCUAAUGGAUUUUGUGUUUGGAAUGUAUACUUAGUUGGGCAUGGUGGUGAAUGCCUGUAACCCAAGUAUUUGGGAGGUGGAAGGAUCAGAAAUGUAAGGCCAGCCUUGGCUAAUGAGACCAUAAAAAACAUUAAAAAACUGAAAAAAGAUUAUGUGGACUUAACUAUUGGCAUACUAUAUAUGCACAUAUAGAAAUUUGAUGGAAUAUUUUUCAAAUAUUUGUAGCUUAUUAUUUAGAGGUGUUUUAUAAUAUAAGUGAUUACUUAAGACCAAUCUGUGGUUAACGUUUUCACAUUAGUAAUUUUGAGUGGAACUCCUAAGCUUUGUUUUUAAUUUUAACAUCUUAAAAAGUAUAAAAUAAAGCACACAUACUAAAAACCAGAUGCAAAAUGUAUAGCUUAAUGUGUUAUUAUAAGAAACAUUAGUACUCAUGGAUGGUGACAUGCGUAUGCCUGGGAGGCAGAGCAGGAUUGCUUCAAGUCCAAAGCCAACCUGGGCUACAAGUUGCAAGCCUGCUUGUGCUAGUGCAAGACCUUGUCUCAAAACCAAAGAAACAAAAGCAUUAUGAACUCAUGUAUUUAGACAUCUAUGAAUGGACUUCCAUCGAUUACAAAUGUCACUUUAUUGAGGUCCGACUCCUCUUUUCUUUGGCCAUUCCUUGAAGGUCCUUUGAACACUUUAUUACUUUCCUUGCUGUUUUCUAUGGCAAGAUCCUCCAUGAGGAAUUUGUGUUUGCUAUUAUGGACCUGAAAUCACCAACUCCCUCAGAAGCCUGAUUUCUUUCUGUGCAGAAUGACAUUUCAAAUCACAGUCGGAAGCUGGGGAUGGUAGCACAUGCCUGUUAAGAGGAUCUGUUGUUCAAGAUCUUCCUCAGCUACAUAGCAAGGCAAGUAGAGCCUAGGCUACAAGAGACCCUGUCUCAAUCCACCCCCCUCCCAUUUUUAUUCCAGAAAAAGUCGGAUAAUUGCUGCUAUUAAGGUGGCCAUUGUUUCAGGGGAAGAGCUAGGGAACAGCUGUUUGUUUAAAGAUAGAAUACUUUAUGACCAGGCUUGGUGGUCAUGGUAGUCAUGGUAGUUCAGGAUGGUUGCUAACUCGAGACCCUCUUGCUUCAGCCUCCUGUGUGUGAGGAUACAGGUCUGUGUUACCAUGCCUGGCAGUUAUUCCCCAUUUUCAAAAAUAGUUUUAUUGUGCCAACAUUUGUUGUUAUGCUCUACUCUCUCCCUUUUUAUCCCCCAGUUCUUCAGGUGUAUUUAUUAUUACUGGAGUUUUUCACAUUUGAUUCUUUAAUGACACAUUCAGGACACUGAUUAGAAUUUCCAUCUUGAAAUGAAGAGAAAAGUAACAGAGACUGUGGCCAUCAACUCCUGGGGGUGAAAUGCUAUUUGACUUAAAUUUUCUUUAAAUGGCUGGUGAGAGGGCUCAGUAGGUAAAGGCACUUGCUGCCAAGCCUAACAAUCUGAGUUUGAUCCCUGGGGCCCACGUUUGUGAAAGAGAACUGACUCCCACAAGUGCCGAUGUAAUGGGUACCCCCCCCCACACCCACACCCACAAAUGAACAUAAAACAACUUAAACUGUAAUCACUUAUAAGCAUCAUUUGUUACACUUCAACAUUGUCAUAAUCAUGGUGCCAUGAUUUCUUCCCCCGUUUUUGAGACAGGUUCUCGAUAUGUAUACCUGGCUGAUCUGGAACUCACUGUGUAGAGCACACUGGCCUCAAACUUUGGGUAAUCUUCCUGCUUCUAGCUCCUAGUGCUGGGAUUUAGAUGUGGCCACUGCUUUCUAAAAUUUCUCUAAUGAAUUUUCCAUGACUACUUUGAUGUUGCUCCUGUUUUCUCACCGGGACAAGGCCACUUGGGAGAUAUAAAGCAGGGGAAGAAAAAGAUUUCAGGACAUCCCUUUCUUUCCUUCGUUUCUCUUUUGGUGUUAGAUUAAAAUCAAGAACUGAUGUGCAUCAGGCCAGUGCAUCAGUCAAUCUGUGUUAAUUUAGAGCCAUAAAGUCAUUACACCUAUAAGUAAGUUUAAAACUCCAUUCUGGGGGCUGGAGGGAUGGCUCAGUGGUUAAGAGCACUGGCUGCUCUUCCAGCGGGUCCCAGUUCAAUUCCAGAACCCGCAUGGCAGCUCACAACUGUCUGUAAUUCCAGCUCCAGGGCAUCCGCCGACACACUCACACAAACAUAUAUUUAGGCAAAAUGCCAAUGCACAUAAAAUAAAAAUAAACAUUGAAAAAAUUAAAAGAAAAAUAAAAACCUCUUCUGGAUAACCAAGAUGGCUCAGCAGGUAGACUGCUCUCUGUGCAAGUCUGCCACCCAAGUUUGUCUGAUCCCCAACAGCUCAUGGCGGAAGGAAAACUGACUCUGGAAAGUUGUCUUUUCACCUCUGCACAUGCACCAUGGCAUGCUCAUGUCGGAACUCACAUCAGCACACAUAAAAAAAUAAAAAUAAAAUAAACGGGGUUGGGGGGCUGAGGAGAUGAUGACUCAGCAGCUAGGGUGCUUGCCACUCCAUCGUGAGGUCCGAGGUCCCAGCACCCAUGUGGGAUAGCUCACUCUAGCAGCUCUUCUGGCUUCCACUGGUACUUGAGAACACAGGUGCCUGAGCAUACGCACUCACACAAAAUACUUAAAAAUAACAAAAAAUUAAGAAACCCAACAACCGAAUUCUAAAUUGAGCAUGGUGACUAAAGUCUGUAAUCCAGCACUUGGGAGGUAGAAGCAAAAAGAUCAGAAGCUUGAGGCCAGCCUCAGCUACCUAGCAAGUUUAGGCUAGCCUGGGGUUACACAUGACUCUGCCUCAAAACCAAAGCCCUGUGUUCUAAGUCCUAAGUUGAAGUCAUGCUUUGCUAACAGUGCAGGGACACACUCAGAAGUCUACCUGAGGUUGGUGUGUUUGUUUUUUAAUUUUGUCACCUACAGGAUAAAUUAGGUGCUGGCCGCCUGAGGUAUUUUGUGUUCUGAAUUGCUGCAGUUUGAAAAUGAUAUGCAGAUAUCCUUCCACUGUGCUUUGACCUUUUUAUAAAAAGGAGUUUGUAAUUCAUUGCUUUAAAAAGUAAAAACCAGUAUUCAAAGUUGUUGAUUACCAAUAAAAAUCUUUCAUGUGCUUUUUUGUAAAUACUGCCUCAUGCUACAACUUUAUCAAGGGGGGAAAAAAACAAUUCCAAUGAUAUUUUAAAACGAGGUUCUGCUAAACUUUGGUUGGAAAAUGAACUGAUUGUGGACGCUCCUAAGAACCCCUGAGGAUGGUAAUGUUGCUUCCCUACUGUUACUGAGCAUUCUGUGUGCUUCAUUUUAAAGUGAGCUUACUCCAGUUUUUGAAUGGUUAUCAGAUGAUAAUUUGUAUACUCACACAUUAAAAGUAUUUUUUAAGUACUAAGAGAUUCAUUCUUUUAUUGUUCAAAUGUAAAAAGAACUUCUGAUCAAAAUUUAAAACUUGUAAUUCUUUUUCUUUUGAAAACUAUUAUUAUGAGAAAUAAAGAAUGGCAGGACCAUUGCUUUCAUUAAAAUA